AUGGAGAUCUCGAAAACCCUUCUGCUAGUGAUUUCUCUUGUUGCUGCAACUUGUUUCUUGCACGCCAAGGCAGCUGAAGUUUACUGUGGCACCCCUUACACUAGAUGUUACCGCAAGUACAUUCAGUGUCCAGAGGAAUGUCCAAGCACAACCGCUAUGAACUCCAACAACAAAGUUUGCUACGCCGAUUGCGAUAGACCCACUUGCAGAUCCCAAUGCCGCAUGCGGAAACCGAAUUGCAACGGGCCUGGAUCGGCCUGUUACGACCCGAGGUUCAUUGGUGGAGACGGCAUUGUCUUCUACUUCCAUGGAAAGAGCAAUGAAGAAUUUAGCCUCGUCUCUGACUCUGACCUUCAGAUCAAUGGUAGGUUCAUUGGCCACAGACCAGCUGGUCGCGCCAGAGACUUCACAUGGAUCCAAGCUCUUGGAUUCCUCUUCAACUCCCACAAAUUCUCCCUCGAAGCCGCGAAAACCGCCACUUGGGACAACGAAAUCGACCAUCUUAAAUUCACUUUCGAUGGCCAAGAUCUAUCCGUCCCUGAAGAAACUCUCUCCACCUGGUACUCACCAAACAAGGACAUCAAGAUCGAGAGAGUGACAAUGAGAAACAGUGUUAUCGUUACAAUCAAGGACAAAGCAGAGAUCAUGAUCAAUGUAGUUCCAGUGACAAAAGAAGACGACAGGACCCACAACUACAAAGUACCAUCAGAUGAUUGUUUUGCGCAUCUCGAAGCUCAGUUCAGAUUCUUCAACUUAUCACCAAACGUCGAUGGAAUCUUGGGACGAACUUACAAACCGGAUUUCCAGAAUCCUGCUAAGCCUGGAGUCGCAAUGCCGGUAGUUGGUGGUGAAGAGAGCUUCAAGACUUCUUCACUUCUCUCCAAUGACUGUAAAACUUGCGUCUUCUCUGAAUCACAAGCAGAGAUUGAUUCUGUUAAGUCAGAGAUUGAAUAUGCAACUUUGGAUUGUACUCGUGGAGCGUCAGCUGGAUAUGGAAUUGUUUGCAGGAAGUGA